AAUUUGCUGUAAAAGGUGCUGUUCCCGCCCAGAAGAGCAGAUCCUAUGUCCACUGAUUGGGAAUUGAAUGUCCUUAAAAUUCAGUUGUAAUGUAACUGCCAGUUCACUGUCAUGUUCCACUUACAAAACUCUACGUUCAGUGUAAAUCCCCCGGCUCACCAAAGGGAAACCAGAAGAAUGAAACCAGAAGGGCACAGGAGGUUUUAUAUUAUUAAAAAAAAAAAGUGUCAACCCUUUUGAGGAUUUCCAUGCAUCUAGGUGGCAACGCUUCCUCUACAGUGAUCUCGGGAGGGGAAAAAAGUGGACUAGGGAGACUGGCUGAGGAGACUGAGAGGUCAGAGGUGGAGCUUAAUAUUAUAAUUUGUGUUGCCUGGAAAACUGUCAGAGCACUGAAAUGCUAAAGCAGAGGAGAGGGCAGUGAGAAGACGACUGGAGCUGCUGUUGCUGAGACCAGCACCAGCCAUGGGGAGGGCUGCCCAGCAAACUCUCCUCUCCGUACUCUGCCUAGCAGCUGUGGUUUGUGAGGCUCAGGACACCUGCCCAGAAGUGAAAAUGGUGGGUCUUGGUGGUAAUGAGAAGCUCGCUAUUCUGCAAGGAUGCCCUGGUGUUCCUGGUGCCACAGGUCUCAAAGGAGAACCCGGAGCUGCAGGAACGAAAGGAGAAAAGGGAACUCAGGGGAGCCUUGGGAAGAUGGGACCAGCUGGGGAGAAAGGAGAGAAGGGUGACAUUGGUGUUCCUGGUCUGAAAGGAGAUAAAGGAGACAGUGGAGUAUCUGGAACUAUAACUGAGGAGGAACUGAAGGACGUACACUGUAAGACAGGAGCGAAGAACUGCAAGGAAUUGUUAGCCAGAGGGAACAUCAUGAGCAGCUGGUACACCAUCUACCCCCAUGACUGUAACGCCACAACUGUGCUGUGUGACAUGGACACAGAUGGAGGUGGAUGGAUAGUGUUCCAGAGGCGGGUGGAUGGUUCAGUGGACUUUUUCCGUGACUGGCAUUCAUACAAGAGAGGUUUUGGCAGCCGCCUGACAGAAUUCUGGUUGGGAAAUGACAAUAUUCACCUAUUAACCUCUUUUGGAGAUAAUGAACUUCGCAUUGAUCUCACAGAUUUCGAUAACAGCCAUGCAUUUGCCAAGUACAAGUCAUUCAAAAUUUUAGGAGAGACUGAAAAUUACAAGCUGAUUCUUGGAGAUUUCCUUGGGGGUAAUGCAGGGGAUUCGUUAUCCGGCCACAACAACAUGCUGUUCUCCACUAAAGACAGACAGCAAGAUCCUGGUUCGAACGCAUGUGCAACAACCUACAAGGGGGCCUGGUGGUAUGGUAGCUGCCAUUCUUCCAACCUGAAUGGGAUGUACUGGCUGGGAGCCCACAGCAGCUUUGCAGACGGGGUGAACUGGCAGGCAGGCAAAGGGUACAACUACUCCUACAAACGGUCCGAAAUGAAAUUCAGGCCCGUUUAGCCCAGCCAUCACACAGCAUCAACCUUACCUUACCUGCCAGCUGAGGUUUCCCGUGGUUCAUCUAGUAGCAGUACAAGGUGGAGAGAGACAGAGUUAUGGAUCAAAGGGUUUGAGAACUGGAAAUCCUUCACAUGCGGUCUGCUCUGCAUUGCCGAUCAUUUUGAGAACUAAAUAAAACGUUUCUUUACAAUGGA